UGUGAAUUCAUUCGAGGAAGUGGUCAGAGGCAACUGAAACGACGGAGAAGAGUUUGUUGUUUAUUCCCCGCUCAGAGAGGACAAACCGGCCCGCAGCCCUGUCAACAUGUCGGGAUUUGAGAGCAACCCGUUCGCAGAGCCUGACAGCAGCAACCCUUUCAAUGACCCGUCGGUCACACAGGUGACCAGCUCCAACAUAGAACCAGUCGACCAGUUCAACCCUUUCCCUGCCCAUCCCACAGACAGCCUAGCUACCCAUACCACUCCAGCCUCCACCUCUCCCUACCAGCCUGCUGUGUUACAGCCGUCUACAGAGCCAAGUCCAAAAGCGACUGCUGCGGCAGCUCAGGCCAAUCUGCUGAGGCAGCAGGAGGAGCUGGAGAGAAAAGCUGCCGAGCUGGACCGCAGAGAGAAGGAGAUCCAGAGCAGAGCCUCAACAGGUAAAGAGAACAACUGGCCUCCACUUCCUAAGAGCUUCCCCAUCAAACCAUGUUUCUAUCAGGACUUCUCAGAGGAAAUCCCCCCCGAGUACCAGAGAGUCUGCAAGAUGAUGUACUAUCUCUGGAUGUUCAACUGUGUGACUCUGUUCCUCAACUUGCUGGCUUGUUUGGCGUACUUCACCACUAAUACAGCCAAUGGUGUGGAUUUUGGCCUCUCCAUUCUCUGGCUCAUCCUCUUUGCUCCCUGCUCCUUCCUCUGCUGGUACCGGCCCGUCUACAAAGCCUUCAAGACUGACAGCUCCUUCAGCUUCUUCUUCUUCUUCUUUGUGUUUUUCUGCCAAGUGGUGAUCUUCAUCAUCCAGGCUGUAGGCAUCCCCUACUGGGGGAACAGUGGUUGGAUCGCUGCCUUCACCAUCAUCGGUAAAAACAAGGCGGUGGGAGCCAUCAUGAUCAUAGUGGCCAUCCUGUUCACCAUCUGCGCCGUGCUGUCAGUCAUCCUGCUCAAGAUGGUCCACAGCAUGUACCGCCGGACCGGAGCCAGUUUCCAGAAGGCCCAGCAGGAGUUCUCACAGGGCGUCUUCACCAGUAAAACCUUCCAGUCAGCUGCUGCCACUGCAGCAACCUCCGCUGCACAGGGAACCUUCCAGGGAAACUAAGCAAUGGUAGACUGAGCUCAGCUGAGCUCCAUUGAACAGGUCAAGGUCUAUAUGUUAUCAGGUCUAGAUGAUUAACUAAAACAAAGCUGAAUGAAUCAGGAGGUUCACUGAGAACUUCCUGGAAGUUAUAGUAACUCAGAUGCUGCAAAUUAUAAUCGAACCUUAUAAUGUAUAGACCUUGAGCUAGGUGAGGCUACAUUAUUAGCCUCCCUCCUUUCACCCCCACUAUCAAUGCACACAUAAUUCCCCAUGUUGACUUUGCUUCUCGCACUCAGCACGUCGUCUGCAGAGUGACUGUGUCGACUCUGUUUGUAAAAAGCAGUUCAGGGGAAAGUCACACAUCAAGUGUAUUAUGGGGUGGAGAGCAUGAAUGAAGUUGACUGAUGGUUAUCUCAGUUUGUCCUGGCUUUGUAUAUUAUGUGUGCACUUUUUGGCAACGCUCUUCAAUGUAAUAUGUGACUGUGUAAGCAUGUGUGUCUAUGUGGGUGUGUGUGCGCCGGCAUGCUGAUCUCAUGUCUCCAUGUGGGUGCAGUACGCUUUCGUUUCUGGACGCUGAUCCUGUAAUAUAAAUAAGAUGAAGUGUUUCAGCAUUUCUUUCUGUCUCACAGGCAUUUCUCUUUUUGUUGAAUCUGUUUUGGUAAGCUAUUACUUUUGUGCUCUGCAAAAUUUCAGUCUCAUAAGCAGGAACAAACGGAUAAGUCGUGCAGUUAGUCGUAAUCUGUCUGGUCUUAGAUUUUGGGAUAUUACAGUUACUGUAAAUAUUCUUCUAAAUCUGUGGUUAAUUAUUCAAUGAGGAAAAAUACUUACACUCAUGCAUGAUCUCUGUCAGAUUGUAGCACUACACUUGCAAAACGUGCCUUUGACUUUUGUUUGGAACCAAACUUUUGCCAAGACCUUUCUGGAAAAUGGAAAUACUGUAUAUUUUGUUAUUAGGUAUCACACGAAGCGGUUUCUAUUUAAAGAUCACAGCCACAGAGGAGCUCAGAGUGUUUUGCUUCCAAUAAUUUCAUGCUUGUAAAUUUAAUUUCCACUGUGAUUUAGAAUACAGAGACAAAAAAAAAAAAAAAAAGAUUCAACUUGGGGCCAAAUUAUGUAUUAAAGCAUCCGAUCUUUGUUUCUUACCAUGUACAUUGUUUAUGAAGCAGCCUCAACCUUUCUUUUUGAUCACUGCCUUUUAAGAGUUGUUUCAGAGGAAACCAAAGCAGUACUGACAAUAAAAUGGAACAUUUUGCUCUUAAAAUGUCAUAAAAGUAGAAACUCACACAGUUUGCGUCAAUGGGCUGAGCCUGUUGAAUCAGAUUCACUACUAACAGUGAAUGCAAGAGGUGGAGCGGUUUAUUUUUCAUGAUGCUCAACAGUGUAUUCAGCUAUAAUCUGAAUUUUCUACUAGAGAGGUGUAAACUUGCCAAAACACUUUCAUUUUCUUUGAAGAGAACCAGUGUCUCAUAUUCACUUUUUUCGCAUAGAUCACCUGUUUCAGCUCCCUGAAGUCUUCCUUGUACCUCUCUAAGAUGACCACCAAGCUCUAAAUUAUUUGUUUCGAUGUGUAUUUUCAGUGUGAUUUCUUACAUCAGAUUUGACGUAACACACGUGAGCAUUCUUGAAAAAUAAACAACUGCAAACUCCGAUCAUUUGUGUGAUAUUCUUGCAACAGACCGGUUUAAUUUAAGGUUCGAUCUUACAUCCAUCAUAUAAAACAAGACUUUUAUUAGCGCACACAUCGCUGUGUGCAUCGUUUUGAGAGAACAGAAUUCAGUGCCUUUUGUAUUUCAAUAUUGAAUAUAGCAUCUAAUAAAAUGCUUUGCUUUCA